CAUUGCAGAAGAUAGUCAGCUGAAGCCUCAAGCUAAACAGCCAUCUGCAUCCAGCCUGCUAUAGGGGGAGAAAACAUAUGAUGCCUGUGUUGCUGACUGUCCCUGAAAUUCACAGCGACAACAUGGAAGUUGAAAUUUGGAAAUGAUGCGGAGCGUAUUGGAUUCCUGACCAUGAAUCAAACAUGCCAUCGGCUGUAAAACUUCAUCACGUUAAAGCAUAUAGCUGAUGCAGAGAGGCCAUUAUUAGGAAAACUCAACUUCACACAAAGAUAUCAGAUUCUUACCUCAACUGUUUCUCAGGACAAGACAAAAACAUGGCUUUUCUGCGGACUGUAUCGAAGGAGCUCUGUGCUUCCUGCAAUAAGACUGUGUACCCCAUGGAACGGCUGGUUGCUGAUAAGCUGGUUUUCCACACCACCUGUUUUUGCUGCAAACAUUGUAAAGCUAAACUGAGUCUGGGAAGCUACGCAGCACUGCAAGGUGAGUUUUACUGCAAGCCUCACUUCCAACAGUUGUUCAAGAGCAAAGGGAAUUAUGAUGAGGGCUUCGGCCGCAAACAGCACAAGGAACUGUGGCAGCAGAAGGCGGCAGACAGUGACUCCAAGUAAGCGCGAUGCCAUCGUUGGGGAAGGAGCAGCUGGUUAGCAGUGAGCAAAGCGUGAAGCACUAACACCGUGUCUCUCUUUAACUAAGGACACAACAGCUGCAAUUCCUCGUUCAGCUUUAAAUAGUGUGUAAUUUAGGGGCCAUUGCUAACAUGGGGGAAGGAUUGCUGUUGUCACAGUGUGUAGCCACAUCAUAAAAAGGGUCAUUAGAAUCUUCUCUGGUCAGAAGUUCCAAGACAAAUCAUAUACAUACAAGGUGUUACAAAUACGAACCAGAGACUAUCUCGGUGACUGGACUUACCAUAUUGCUGCCAAACGUUGAUCUCUAGUACCAACACAUCUCACCAUUCUGAUUUAGGAUUUAUCCACCGAUGAGGCAACAGUGCUAUGAACAGCCGACUCCAAACUGCCAGGCCACACAAGUCAAUCGGAAUAAAAAACAAAAGUAAACCCAGAAUGGAUAAAAGCAAAAUACUGCGGAUGCUGGAAAUCUGAAAUAAAAACAGAAAAUGCUGGAAAAACUCAGUAGGUCUGACAGCAUCUGUGGAGAGAGAAACUGAGUUAACGUUUUGAGUCUCUAUGACCCUUCUUCAGAGCUUCAAACCCAGAAUGGGGUUGCCUGAGCUUCAUGGGCCAGACUACCGGGGACCAUGAGCUGCAUAUGGCCACAUAACACCCUUGUGUUACACACAGUAACCACAGCAAUUCUUCCCUCAUCUACACAUUGCUAUGUCUUUGGAUUGAUAGCCCACCUAAUGGGAACAGUUUGCAAUUGCACAAUAUACUCUCAAUAAUAUAUAUCUUCUUGAAACAGGGUGGCUUUGCCACAGAGAAGUGGUUGUGCCAGAUACUAUGACUGAGCUUUAUACAAAAGGAAUGUGAAGACACAAUGCCACCUACUAGUCCACUGUGACAGAUUAAUCUUUUAGUAAUUAAAAGUUUUGGAAAGAACCAUGGCAAUUAUGGUGCAUCACUUGCACAGCUUACUACACUGUAAACUUUCCUCACAAACCAGAGGGCAGUGCUCCCAACAUGACAGUGUUCAAAUCAGAUUCCUUUUGCUCAGUUCCUUCUCAAAACAGAACAGGUCUGAAAGCAGUUUCAAAGCGGUGCCACAGGCCCUUUAACCCACCCAUAUGGUCAUAUAUUUUAUUAGAUAACUAGACAUUGGUUCUAAUUGUCUGAUAUAUACAGACCCUACUUUAUAUUCCAGCUCCCAAGUUAGAGAGAGCAUGUACAACACCUCUUCUCCCAGCCCACUACAGAGAGCAGAGACUCUGUUCUUACAGAGACCGGUAUCUCCCACAUCCACCAGAAAACAGAUAGAGGUCAAUGCAGUCGCCUCGGCACAAGGAGAAGGUCAGUGCUGCUUCCCCUACAGAGGAGGUUGGUGACCCUCUCCCCACUACGGAGAAGGUCAGUGCCCUUCUCCUAUUGAGGUCAGUGACUACCCCCCACCCCACCCCACCAACACCUUGCCCAUUGAGGAGACCAGUGAACUCCCUCCCCCAUUGAGAAGUUCAGUGACCUCCCCUUGACCUUCAGCAGGUCAAUGACACUCCCUCCCCCAUUGAGGAGGCCAGUGACCCCACCUGUCCCCCAUUGAGCAGGUCAGUGAGACCCACCCCUCCCCACAGUAUCUGUUUCAGUUUUCUGAUGGCUCUGUUUUCUCUCCCAAUACUGGCUUAAUUUCUGAAAAUCUUGCAUGUGAUUUAAUUGCGUGGAAUUCAGUGUGUUUAUUGUCGCAUUGUGAUAUCACUGAAUUUCAGAAUUGCUCUCAGGCCCAGGUCCAGCAGAUGGAAUGCAUUUUUUUUUCAACUGAAACUGUGCCUCAGUAAUGGGUUAAAUGUUAAGAAUAAUAUUUUGGUACUUGAAUGUUUACUAUGCGUGUACCUAUGCAUUUUAUAUUACGGCUCAUCAGUCACAGAUCGUUUCCGGGUUUCAUUUAAAGAUUCAGCAGCCUUUUAUAAACUAUUGAUUUACUGGUCCAGUCCAGCGUACCACCCAAAAAAAUACCUGUAUCAAUCACUCUCUCUCUGAUCAAGAAUUAAAAAUACUUAAAAACUAACCAGUGCAGUGACCAGGGGCAUGAAACAUGGACUGAUGUAACAGUGAUUAACAGAUGCCUCUGGGUUUGCUUCCUGCAUUGAGCAAAAUUAUCAUCCCAUCUCAAUAACCCUUCCCCUUCACUCCCCAGCUGAGAGUGCAGGAAGACAACCUACACCCGGCACUCUGAUGCUCUGUAAGGAGAGAAAGUCGGAAGCGGCUGAACUGACUUACACUUUCACUGGCCACAAUCUCCAAUUGCCAUCUGCCCUGUGAUGCCAUUGAGAUUUAAAAGCCUGGAUUCAUGAGGUGCAAGUAUGUGCAGGCUGAGAGACUCAGACUAAUUAUAGGGAGCACCAGGGUGCUGGCUGGAUGGGUAAAAGUAUAAAACCAUACAAAGGCCACCAAGGGAAGUGGGGGUAAAAGGCAUUUAUCCCCACUGUCUUUUGUUCAUUGCCCCCAUCUGGAGUCAGCCUCUGUCUGAAAUCCUACAGCACUGAAUAUUUUUAAACCACUCACAUGUGGACUCUGUGUCCACAAUAAGCUGUUCAGUUGCCUCAUUCCUCAGUGACUCCCUCCUGCUAUUGUGUGUGCAGCUCAGGUUGCCAGUCAAGUGAAGCUUCACUGUCUUCCAUUCUUACCUUUUUCAGUUGGAGAGCAGAAUUACAUGAAGCUUAAUCACAAUGCGAAAGUACUGUGUGUACCCACGCACCCCCAUUAAAUGCCCCCUCCUCCCCCACACACAUACAUUCUCAUCAAAGGUGGUGCAAUCUGCAUUCUUAUUACCUUGCCCAGGUUCUUAAACUUGCACUUCUACUUUCUCUCGGGGGAGAAGCACAUUGCCUCCCCAGCAUCAUUCCCCACAGACAUUGCCUUUCCCCUAGUCAACAGGCUGCCCUGUGAUGCUAUCAAGUUUGUAAACUUGCUUAUCUCUACCUUUGAAUAUUUUCUUCCCUCUGUGGCUUUUCGUGUGUGUGUGUGUGUGUGUGUGUGUGUGUGUGUGUGUGUGUGUGUGUGUGUGUGUGUGUGUGUGUGUGUGUGUGUGUGUGUGUGUGUGUGUCACAUCAAUGGCCAGCUGGGAAAUUCGCUGUGAGGCCACUCUGGGGUGGGCAUUAAGCAUCGGCCUUGCCAGUAAUGCCCAUGCGUUGAAAAUGGGAGAAAAAACCCAAGCUCACAAAAUUCAAUCAGGACAAAUCAUGAGUAAGAAAGACAGGUACGAAUUUGAAUUGGAGAAAUGUCUUAAUUUUAACUCAAGUGUAAAUGAAAUUCAUAUAAUGAAAAAAAUUCUUCUGAAAUUCAUAAAUUGAGAGCUUCACUCAGGCAAUAUAAUCUGAAGUUAAAUUCUACCCAGUUUAUGGAUCCCUAUCCUGGAGAGGGAUUUUAGUCUGUUGGGAACUCUAGUCAGGUACUGACUGGUCAGCUAUGUUGCAACUUUUUUAUUGGUGUGUAUCCAAUUCCACUUCAGAGCCACAUGAAUGUGAUAGUAGAAGUGCAGCCUAAGGCAAAGCUUUCAUACCAGGAUUGACCAGUGGAAUUGGUAGCCUUAUUACUUACACACACACACACACACACACACACACACACACACACACACACACACACACACACACACAAAACACACCACCCCCGCCACCCCCCCCCCCAUAUGUUCUGCACAUCUCUAGUAAGGUACAACCUCUCAUUAGAAAUGUGAUACGAAAAUAGGAAAAGGAGGCCAUUCAGCCCCUCAAGCCUAUUCUGCCUUUCAAUCACAUCAUGGCUAACCUGUAUCUUAUCUCCAAUUUACCUGUCUUUUCACCAUAUCGCUCGGUACUCUUAAGCAGUAUAAGUUUGUCAAUCUCAGUUUUGAACAUUUCAAUGGCCCCAGUAUCCACAGUCUUUUGAGUGAAUUCCAUGACCCUUUGUAUGAAGCAAUGCUUCCUGAUUUCACGCCUAAACGAUUGAAUUCUUAUUUUAGGAUUAUACUUUCUUGUUCUGGAUUCCCCACCGGAGCACAUAGCUUCUUUAUAUCUACCCCAUAGACACCUUAAUCAUUUUAAACACAAGUUACUAUCACUAACUUGAAGAGAUAUGUUGAGCUUUCACAGAUCAAGGUUAAUGCAACCUGGAAACAGGGAUUUUUAAAAUGUGACAUUAUUUUGAGGAACUGCAUGCGUAAAUCUGUGAUCAGCAUUUCAGGACCUGAUGGUGUAUGAUGUCUUCCCAAAGUGAAACAUUUCAAGUGCUGUUUUGUAAUGGUUGCAUGCAUUUAAUAUUUGGUGGUUCUUGUCCCUUAGACACUUGUAAUCAUCUUACCGAGAGAUGUGGGGCUAUGAUCCCCUGAUACCCAAUUCUACUGGAUCUAAUCAGUGUUGGAAUUAGAAAUUGUUCCUAAUUAAAUACAAUAACCACACCUUGCACAGCUCUCUGAUAUAGCACAGCUAUUGAUACAUUGGGCAUUGUUUAACACAUACUGUGAAAGUAUUGCUAAGGCAUAAAAAGAAUAAUGGUCUCUGAACCUUGGUGGGUGGGGUUACAGCAACUGGUCCUCAGAAUUGCCAAGUUGAUGGAGAAAACCUGGCUGGUGAUCAAUAUCUGGUGAGUCCAGCUAGAUGUGGAUAUUGGACAAGGAUGGGAUGGGGCUUGACAUGGUGGCCAAACAGCCUGCCAGCGUUCAGCAUCUACCUGAAGAAAACCACCCCCCUGAGUUAAGGCUUUGAUACCUGUGGAACUGCACCCUGAUAUGGGUUGACCCCUUCAGGAGGAAAGUAAGGGAAGAACGGAAAAUGAAUUUUAGGUACUUACUGAUAUCACAUGUUUCAUUGAUGGUCACACAGAAACAAGCCAAUUUCCCCAGGGCACAGCAAUCAAAUGGCAGUGAAUGAGACAUUAUUUAUGACACAUCUUAGGAAAUAAUCCCACAUUGUACAUGCUGAAUGUGAUAAACUCAACACAAUCAGGAUACAUCAAGUGUGAAUGGACCAUUACAUACUUCAUGCAUUUACUACAUGUUGCAUUAGUGUGAUUAGUGAAUACACAUUGCAUGCAUCAGUGUGAAAGGAGUAAAACAGCAACAUUUUUUUUUUAAUUUCAAAUUUCCAGCAUCUGGAGUAUUUUGUUUCUAUAAAUGUGAAUGGAGGUUGUGCAAUUCAGAGUGUGACCAUUUCUUACCUUGUACUUUGCAUAUGGUUGACACAGCAGUCUCUCCUACCUGAAAUUGUUUUGUUCAAACUUGAUGCAUGUACAUAUUGUAAAACAAUUCGCUGUUUCAUUACUCAGUCUGCUUCUCACAAUCAUUCCCUGAAUGUUCCUGCAGAGAGCUGUCACUGUCUGGUUACUGCAUUUACAACUUAUUGUUACACAGCAGAUAUCCCUUGAUGCACAGGCCUUAUAAAUAUUGUAUGUUUGUACCUUUUUUACUGUUUGUAUAUCUCUGAUCACGACUGUUAAAAGUGCUGCUUUUGAAUCUGUGGUUACACCUCUGCUUUACAAAUGUUAGAGUUUUUGACAUUAAAAUAUCCAUUGUGUAA